GUAUCGAACAGACGAACCCCAGCCAGUAUGAGAACACCGGUUUCGAUAAGGGCCACCUGGCCCCUUCCCUUGCGACGAGCUUCGACCGGAAGGAGCUGGGCUGGCAAGAGCUGGAAAAUGCGCUGCACGAGUACGCCGUAGACCUGCCCAGGGAGUUUUGGCUAGGGUUAAGGAUUGAGGUUUCAGGGUUAGUAUGGAAUGGGCUUCGCCAAGACUCCAACACCCUACUCCAUCGGUGCCUGCAUGUGUAG